AUGCAAAACAGUUAAUAAUAGGUUAACAUGCCAUAAUCAAGAAUGAUUGGCGAUCCUGCCUAAUCACAAUACCUACAAAAUUCAAUGGCUCAAGAUCCCCAAUUUUUGAGUUAUUAAAAUUACAGAAACGAAAUUCAAGAGGAGGGAGAAAUUGUAGCAGAAACAGCCAAAUUAAGAAAACUAUAUUUCCUUAUGUUACUUCAAUUCUUUAUUGUGAUUGUGUUUAGUUAUGUAGAUCUAUUUAUAAUCAUAAUAGCUACGUUUAGAAUCUUUGGAAGAUUAUUUUUAAAAGAACUCUUAUUGGAUAAUUAUUCUAUCGAUUGGACUCUUUUUAUUAUCACUGGCUGCAUAUUUUACUAAUCCAGAGAACACUGCUGUAAAUGUAGUACUCUACGUACUAUUUACAACGGUCUUAUAUUUCUUUUUUAUAUCACUAACUGCAAUCACAAAUAUUGAGCAAUCCAUGAUGGUAGCCUUCAUGAUUUUUGGUUAAGUAAUGUUAUAAGAUGGUAUAAUUAUUAGAUAUUUUCACAAUUCUUAUCGGUGAUGCAAAGCAGAAUUGAGAUGUAUUAUCAUUAAUAAUCUCUCUAUGUGUUGGCAGGCGGACUCAUCAUAUUCUAAUUGUUCAUCAUCUAUUCUAUUAUACCAUUCUUUGAAAUGAUUAUUACCUUAGUUUCAGGAGUAGUUUUUGGGUAUAUAUAUGAUUUUAUGCUAGUUUCUUACUCAUAUAUAGUACUUAAAGCAAUAUAAGUUAAAUUAAAUCAGGAGCUGUGAAUGGAAGUGUAAGAGUUUACGUUGAUUUACUCGGUGUGUUUUUCUACUUGAACUCGUUGAUGGCAGAUUUAUUUAGAAAAGAAAAAGCAUUAGAAAAAUGA